ACUCUGCGUAGAAAUAAAAUUUUAAAUAUUUUGUGUGUGUAUUUUAGAAAUAUCCGUCUCGGAAUGUAUUUCCGCCUUUGUCCGGAGGCGACAUCUGUUUAUCGGGCCAGCCAAUAAGAAUUAAACACGAAAAGUUGACGGGCCAACUCCGUCCGUGUCGUCGUUUGUUUAUCCAUUACUGAUCUUUGCCGGACGGGUCGGACUACUCUGCUGCCGUAAAGCCGAGAGCCGGCUUCUCGAAGCACAACUUACAACGUUACACCAUUAACAUUUUUAAUAAUCCACUUUGCUAAGUUCAUCCGUUGGGACUUAAAAGGAAAAUGAGACUUAUUUCUUUUUUACUUGUAUUUGGUACCUGUUUCUCAAAUAGUUUGUGCUUUUACUCGUCCGAUUCAGCUGUUGUUAAGUUAACAGAAAGCAACUUUGAUAGACUUGUCGUCGAACCAAAGGAGCUUUGGGUCGUCCAGUUUUAUGCAACAUGGUGCGGACACUCGAAAUCCUUUGUAGCAGAAUACCAGAAGACAGCGCAAAUGUUACAGGGAAUUGUAAAAGUAGGAGCUGUGAAUGUUGAUAAUGAAAAGAGCCUUUCAGCACGGUUUGGGAUCAAAGGCUUCCCUACUGUUAAAAUUUUCGUCCCUGGAACUGAUAGUCCAGUUACUUACAAUCAGGCGAGGACAGCCGAUGAUUUAGUCAGUGAAGUUUUUAAACUAGCUAAGAAAGUUGUCGAUGAUCGAUUCGGUGGAAAGCGCAAGGAGAGUACUUCUAAUGAAGUGGUUGAGCUGACAGAUUCCAACUUUGACCGGCUAGUUCUCCAGUCUGAUGAUAUCUGGCUGGUCGAGUUUUUUGCCCCUUGGUGUGGUCAUUGUAAAAAUCUUGCGCCUCAUUGGGCAAAAGCUGCAAACGAGUUGAGGGGAAAAGUCAAACUUGGAGCUCUUGACUGUACUACUCACACAGUAAAGGCAAACGAGUACGGUGUUCAAGGAUAUCCUACCAUAAAAUUCUUCCCUGGAGGCAAAAAAGACAAACAUUCAGCAGAGGACUACCAAGGAGGUAGGACAUCGAGUGACAUUGUUGCUUUUGCUAUGGACAAACUCAUGGAAAGCUUGCCUGCACCAGAAGUACAACAAAUAACUUCAGAAAAUACAUUAAAAGAAGCAUGCGAUAAACCGCUUUGUGUAAUUGCUGUUCUUCCACACAUACUCGAUUGUCAAGCCAAGUGCAGGUCUUCAUAUGUUGAAACCCUUCAGAAUUUGGGAGAUAAAUUCAGAAAGAAAUUAUGGGGAUGGGUCUGGUCUGAGGCUGGUGCACAACCUGAACUUGAAAAUGCGUUGGAAAUCGGCGGUUUUGGCUAUCCAGCCAUGGCUGUCUUGAAUGCUAAAAAAAUGAAAUAUUCUAUAUUGAGGGGGUCGUUUUCUAAAGACGGGAUUAAUGAAUUUUUAAGGGAUUUAUCUUACGGGCGAGGUACUACAGCCCCGUUGAAAGGCGCUUCGCUUCCUAAAGUUGUUGAGACUGAACCUUGGGAUGGGAAAGACGGUGAACCUCCGCAAGAUGACGAUGUUGACCUUUCUGAUGUGGAACUCGAUGAUUUGCCCAAGGAUGAACUGUGAUCAGCCAGUCAAAGUUUGGAUAGUUCCAUAAACCUGCUAACACCAUUAUCAUCCCACAGUGUACUUUACCUGUUCAUAUACAUGUUUCAAUUUCAUAUUAAUUUUGUAAGGAGAAAACAGAUAUGUUUUCAAAACUAUUGUUUUGUAUAUUUUCUCUUUUUUUAGCGUCGAUGUUGUCAAAAAAAAAAAAAAUGGUUCUCUAUUAACAUCUUUGUUAAAUUUAAUAUCUAACACUAAUAUUCCAACAAAUACAGUUUUUGUCACAAUUGAACUCACUAAGACUGACUUUGUGGAAAUCUUCACUCCUUUGGACGAGUGAUGUGUACAUUCCUUGAUCUUAUAUUUUCAAAAUGUCUCAUUUCAUUCUCGUCUUUUUUAUUUUAUGAGUGAGGGCAUUUUUGUAUCUAUGAAGUUAUAUUUAAUGUGUAAAAUGAAGUACAAUAAAGAAACCAUGCCGUUAUUUUCAAAAAUGGCUAAUUU